AUGCCAAGAAUUUCAUUGACGAGCCAGACGAAGCUCACCCAGGCAACACCCCGGAGCAAAGCCGCCAUGUUCAGACGGCUUCUCCCCUCCUUGCUGCUCCUGGUCUCCGUCUCUCGCUCGGGCCAAGGCCGGCCUCACCGGGCCCAGGAGGCCCAGGAGGCCCAGGAGGCCCAGAGGCGCCGGCUGCUGGAGACGGUCAAGACGGGGAUCCUCAGCUCGCUCGGUAUGGACAAAGAGCCGCAGCUCACCCGGAAGGCCUCGGAGGAAGAGCUGCGGAGGAUGCAUCAGCUCUACUGGGAAAAACUGAAGGCGAUGAGAGGAAAUCCCAGCCGGCCGGAGGGGACGACCACCUCGACCGUGCUGGUCCCAGCCACAGUGGCGCCAAUAAAAGCACCUCAGGGGGGAGAACAAGCACACGUGCGGUGGUACAGAGCAGUUUUCUUGAAGAACCCCGACAUCCACACGGGGGUGAUGAGGCUGACCCGAGCCCAACUGAAGAUUUCCAGGCAGACCCCGGCACCACCGAGAGCCGAGAUCCGGGUUGAAGUCAAGCAGGUGAACGCAAGCGCCUGGACACACACCACUUCUCAUGCCAGCCACGCACUCCUGACGACGGACGUGAGCGCGACGGUGGCAAAGUGGAUCCAAGCAGACGAGGACGAGUCGCUGGUUGUCCGAGUAAGGACGGCCGAGGACGGAAGUGGUCCGGUACUCUCUCUGGAAGUGGACUUCAUUCCGGCGCACAACGGAAGGCCGCCGCGCUCCCUCAGGGAGGACGACUGCAACGACCAAGGCUGGUGCUGCCGGAAGUCCCUCAACGUGUCCUUUAAAGAGAUCGGAUGGACGGACUGGGUGGUGGCCCCCGCAGAGUACACCAUGCACCUGUGCGACGGCGCCUGCCCGCACAACUACAAGCCCGCCAGCAUGCACGCGCAGGUGAAGUCGCGGCUGCACCAGCUGAUGAAGGCCGGCACGCCUCGGCCCUGCUGCGUGCCCGCCUCCUACGAGCCCAUGGUCCUCAUGCACUACGACAGCAAGGGCAGGUUGGAACUCACGCCUUUCAACGACCUCAUAGUCAGUGCAUGCCACUGUGCCUGAAACUCUCAAAGUUGAGGACUUUUUCACAGGACAAUCAAGGGAGGAGCAUGCUACUGCUGCGGCAGGCUUGUGCAAAAAAAAACUAAAGGUUGACUGAGGUUGCCAGCUCGAAUCCAGCUCGAUGGACCGGGCCACUCCCAGGAACUUCAAACUUCUGUGAAAUAACAGUCAACUGUUUUGAAAUAUGAAAAUAACGUAAUUUUGUUGUAAUGUAACAGUAAAUUUUCAAUAUUUUACUGUGAAAUAAGAGUACAUUUUUUUGAAAUAUAAAAAUAACAUUUUGUUGUAAUAUUACAGUAAAUUUUCAAUAUUUUACCGUGAAA